GACCUACCAGUGGCGCUCUCCAACCACCCACACAGACAGACAGAAACAACAAAGGAAAAGUUAAGACGUAGGACCUGCGGUGCCAGUGGCACCCUCCAACCACCCACCCAUUACUCUCAACUCUCUGCCUCAUAGUAUAGACGUUAUUCACUCUCGGUCGACUUAUCUGGGCCUGGGGCCGGCUGUGCUGUGGUGACUGUGAAGUCUUGUUUCCUUAUAGAGUGGUGGUGACUGUGAAGUCUUGUUUCCUUAUAGAGUGGUGGUGACUGUGAAGUCUUGUUUCCUUAUAGAGUGGUGGUGACUGUGAAGUCUUGUUUCCUUAUAGAGUGGUGGUGACUGUGAAGUCUUGUUUCCUUAUAGAGUGGUGGUGACUGUGAAGUCUUCUUGUUUCCUUAUAGAGUGGUGGUGACUGUGAAGUCUUCUUGUUUCCUUAUAGAGUGGUGGUGCUUGUGAAGUCUUGUCUCCUUAUAGAGUGGUGGUGCUUGUGAAGUCGUGUUUCCUUAUAGAGUGGUGGUGCUUGUGAAGUCUUGUCUCCUUAUAGAGUGGUGGUGCUUGUGAAGUCUUGUUUCCUUAUAGAGUGGUGGUGACUGUGAAGUCUUCUUGUUUCCUUAUAGAGUGGUGGUGACUGUGAAGUCUUCUUGUUUCCUUAUAGAGUACUGGGGACUGUGAAGUCCUGUUUCUUUAUAGUUAUAGCGUGCUGGUGGUGACUGUGGUCCAUCCUGUUACCUCGCUGGGCGCUGGUGUUCUCGACUCGAGAGCUUUAGAAGGAGGCGGCGUCGUGGUUGUCGUUGUUGUUGUAUGGGUGAGAGAUGAGGACAGGUCUGGGCUCCAAGCUGUUGCUGCGCGUGCUGGAGGAAUAUGUGGUGCUGGUGGUCGUGUGGAUAGCGCUGCGGGAGGCCAGCUGUAGGGCCAUGAGUUCGGAGCGAUUUGCCG